CAGGCACCAACGGGGCCACCAAUGUCAGUGGGGUCUCCCAUGAGGCCGCCAUGGCCACCAACGGGACCGUGGCCACCAGUGAGGGGUCAGGGGCCACCAACGAGGCCUUUGGGGCCACCAAAGAGGCCACCACAGUCAAGGAGGACGUUGUGGCCACCGACGUGGUCAGUGCGGCCAGUGACAGCGACGCGGUCGCCGUGGCCACCAGCGAGGUCGCCGUGGCCACCAGCGAGGUCACCAUGGCCACCAGGGGCUCCAGGGAGGCUCCUCCAGCCUCGAUGGCCUCCGGUGGCCCAACGGAAGCCAAGGAUGGCCAAAGGAAGGUCUUGGGAGGCGGCCCAAGGGAUUGUCCCGAAGAGCCAGCGGAGUUUUUGGGGAAGUCAACGGAGCUCAACCAAAACCCAAGAGAAUCAUUGGAAAAGCCAACGGAGCCGUUGGAAAAGCCAACGGAACCCAACCAGAACUCAACAAAAGCCUUGGGAAGCCCAACUGAACCCAACGAGGACCCAAUCAAACCCAACGAGAACUCAACGGAAGUCAACGAGAAUGCAACGGAAGUCAACGAGAGCGCAACGAGGCUCAACGAUGACCCAACGAAACCCAACGAGAACCCAACAAAAGCCAAUGAGAACUCAAUGAAACCCAACGAGAACCCAACAAAACCCAACGACAACCCAACAAAACCCAACGAGAACUCAAUGAAACCCAAUGACAACCCAACAAAACCCAACGAGAACUCAAUGAAACCCAAUGACAACCCAACAAAAGUCAACGAGAACUCAAUGAAACCCAAUGACAACCCAACGAAACACAAUGAGAACUCAAUGAAACCCAAUGAGAACUCAAUGAAACCCAAUGACAACCCAACAAAACCCAACGAGAACUCAAUGAAACCCAAUGACAACCCAACGAAACACAACGAGAACUCAAUGAAACCCAACGAGAACUCAAUGAAACCCAAUGACAACCCAACAAAACCCAACGAGAACUCAAUGAAACCCAAUGACAACCCAACAAAACCCAACGAGAACUCAAUGAAACCCAAUGACAACCCAACAAAAGUCAACGAGAACUCAACGAAAAACGAGAACGCAAUGAAGCCCAACGAGAACUUAACGAAACCCAAUGAGAUCUCAACAAAACUCAAUGAGAACUCAACGAAACCCAACAAGAACUCAAUGAAGCCUUUGGAAAACUCAACGAAACCCAACAAGAACCCAACGAAACUCAACAAGAACCCAACGAAACUCAACAAAACCUCAACGAAACCCAACAAGUACCCAACAAAACCCAACAAGAACCCAACGCAACCCACCAAGCCCCCGAGAACCCCCGUGGCGGCCGCGCCGUGGCCGACGGUGCCGCGGCUGAAGCCGCUGCGGCACGCGUCGCAGAAAGAGAUCGUCCUCUACGCCCACUUCCGGGGGCUGCCCUACGCCAGCGCCGAGUGCCGCCACGCGCCGCUGGCGUUCCGCGGGCACCCGCGGGCGCUGGGGUUGUGGCUGUAG